AUGAAUAAUCUUCUGACGGAAUCAUUUGGAAGGGUAAGCGGUUGUUACCCCGGCGAGGGAGACAUCGAAUCAAGAGGGGUUUCACCCGAAGCCAAGGACAUGGAAGGGUUCUUCAAACAUGUUGGGGAAAUAGAGCAAGAGACUGAGAAAAUAAAUGAAUACUUCCUCAAGCUACAGUCUACAAACAAGGAGUCCCAGCUUGUAACAAAGGCAUCAGACAUGAAAGGCAUCAAAAAACAGAUGGAGAAGGAUGUGGAUGAAGUUAAGAAAAUCACUUUGAAGAUCAAAGCAAUGCUAGAGCAACUCGACAGAGAAAACUUAAGCAAUAGGCAGAAACCGGGGUGCGAAAAAGGGACCGCUAUCGAUCGGUCUAGGAUAGGAAUGACUGUGGCUCUUAAAAAGAAGCUGAAAGAGAGAAUGACACAGUUUCAGACUUUGAGACAAACCAUCCAAGAUGAGCACCGGGAGGUAGUCGAAAGAAGAGUAUUCACAGUGACAGGGGAAAGGCCUGAUGAGGAAACGGUCGAACAAUUGAUCGAAACGGGAAGAAGUGAACAGAUAUUCGAGAAGGCAAUCCACAAUUGCGGCCGCGGACAAGUAGUGGAUACACUGGCAGAGAUACAAGAGAGGCGCGACACCAUGCUCGAGUUAGAGCAAAAGCUUAUCAAUCUACAACAAAUGUUCUUGGACAUGGCAGUGUUGGUAGAUGCCCAGGGAGAUCUACUCAAUAACAUUGAGACACAGGUCACCAAAUCAGUGUCUCAUGUGGAGAAGGCGAGGGAAACUCUACAAGAAGCCAAGAAGCUACAGAAGAACACAAGGAAGUACAUGUGCAUUGCCAUCAUCAUCCUGAUUAUUGUUAUUUUAAUUGCAAUUGGGGGAGUAAUGACGGGAGCAAGUAAAUCUGCUUAAAA